AUGUCGCUGUUAUCGGGAAGAGAGGGCAGUGUGUCCUUCAAAUCUACGUCUGGGCCUUUUUACAACUGCUGCCAUGGACAAAUUGACCACAACCCGAGCUCGACGACUGCAAAGGAUUCAUUUCACGGCACUGGUAUAUCUUUAUUUCAGCACCCAUCCAUGGAUAAUCCUGGUACGGAACGGCCACCUAUCAAUAUAUCACAAGAUACCGGUAAAUCAAUCAAGGAACUUCCAGCAUCCUACACAGACGUCAUCCCUGUGUCAGCGACAGGGGGUAAGGCUCAGAUUCCAGCCACUAUCUCGGAGAUAAAAUCGGAUGGAAACUCCUUCGCUCGCGGCAUGAAGGAUGAGCUAAAAUGGCUUGAGCAAUCCAGCGCCAUAAUUCUUAACCAGGAAACCUUGGAAGAAAACGUAAAUGUGUCUUGGUCCGCUUUCCACUCACAUCAACCAUCAUGUACCCCACCCAAUUCAAUCGCAAUUUCAGCGCUUUUACCACUUUUUCCACUUUUUCCUGACCAAGCCAAAUCAGUUACCAUGAUUAAGCAUGCCAUGGACGUCAUAAAGCUUUCGGUUAAUCACUUGAAUCCUAGCCAAGUUCCUGUCAUCGCCUUAGAUCAGCCCCUGUAUGCUGUGGCGAAGGAGAUCCAGUGGAAGAUGUGUGACAAUUACGGCGAAGAUAAGUUCGUGAUGGUGUUUGGUGGUCUCCAUGUAGAGCAGGCAUUUUUGAAGGUGAACGAUCAGUGGCUCGAAAAUAGCGGAUGGACAGCAGCCCUUGUAGAUACAAACGUGGCAACACCAGGAACCGCAGAAUUGUUUAUAAAGGUGUCAAGCAUAACCCGCACACAAAGAGCCCAUCAAGUAACGGCGAGCAUGCUUUUCAUUCUGCUUCAGAGGGCAUACAAAAGGUACGCCAAUGGGAUGACUGAAGACGUCCUUACCUUUGAUGAAUGGUGCACGAGCAAGGUGUCAACAGUACCACAGUUCCAGUUCUGGCACACGUCCCUACAAUUGGAGCUCCUUCUACUUGUUUUUUUGAAAUCUCUAUGCCGGGCUGACUUUGGCAUGUAUGUGGAUGCAGUUUGGAAGAUGUUGCCAUGGUUCUUUGCUCUGAACCACCCAAACUAUGCCCGUUCGCUUACAAUACAUGUACGCGAUAUGCGCGCGUUAGGUGAUCAAGCACCAUCCGUAGCACAAGCAUUCAAUCAGGGUCUGUUUGCUGUAAGCAAACCCUUGAGAAGAUUUUCCGCGAUUUCCAUCGAUCAAGCACACAAGCAGAACAACGCAAUGGUCAAGGGCGAUGGAGGGGCCGUGGACUUGACUGAGAAGGCAAAUGCUCUUCGCAGAUGGAUGCUCUCCGGGCCUGAGAUGGCACGGCUUGUCAAUGAGUUUGAAGCGUGUGUGGCCCCUGAAGCCUGUCACGAUGCUAGUUACCACCAUGAAGCACAGAAAAGCUUUCAGGUUGCAUUUCACCAAGACGUUAAGUCUCUCGUGCAAGUGUAUGAAGAUUUUGGUAACCCCUUCGACGAGGAGAGCGCAGAUCUUGUUGUCUUGGAUUCCAAAGUAGUAGCAGACAAGGAAGGAGUAUUGAGAAUGCAGCAAGUGGAGGAACUUGGAAGAAAGCAGUGUGAAAAAUUCAUUCAAGAGCACUUAGUAGAACGGAAGACACCACUGGAUGAACCUAUUACCAGAAACAAGCUCGACUUCUUCUCGACUACUUCACAAAAGAAGAAAUCAAAGGUAAAUCAGAAGUUCUCCUCUAUGAAAAGCGAUUGCUCCCUUUUCUCUCGGCUCUUCAUAGCCUGCCAAACACGAAAUUGCGACCUGGAUGAUUUCUUCAGACAUGAAAACCAAGGCUGUCCACCUUCACUAUCUGAUGAAGGAAAUCUGCGCUUACCGUGA